AAGCGGGAGCAUAACUCAUAAGGCGUGCAGGGUGCCGUACGUCGGACGUUGAUGGUCGCGCCACGCCGCGUCGUGUCACACCACUCCCCCUCCCAUCCCUAACGCUCUCGCCAUUGCUCGCUGCGUUUCUCGCUCUCUCUCAUUCUGCCGCGGUUGACAGCGGUCCAUCCGAUCGACCGAUCACGUUCUCGCACGCGACCGGAAGGAGGAAGCCCACCCUUGCUUACGCUCUUAUUUCCCCAAGGCCCACUCUUUUUUCCAUGUCAACGACACGCGCGUUCCUGCCAAGGCCAGCAGCGAGUAGUUACGCUUCCCACGUCGUUGCCGUCGUCGUUCUCGAGAAAUCAUUGUCGUGCACGUCGCGUUUGCGCCACUGGGGAAUCUCGACAAGGGCCGCCGACGGCAUCGAGCUGAUCGAGCGUCGGGAGUCGCGAAGGAGGAGAAGGAGGAGGACGACGUCGUGCGGUCGGAUCGGCGGCGUCGCUCCUGCCAGCCUGAGAUGAGCGACCAUGGCUGCAUACAUUUGAAUAAUUUUAAAGCAGCUAAAGGUAUCCAGCCGUACAAAGUGAUACACUCAUUUUUCGUGACCAGUACAUCGACUGAGGCACGCGUCAGGAAGGCUGUGAGCUGUUUAUGUCACACAUGUAAAACUUACAAAGAUCGCCUACAUUCUUGUCUUCAUUGUAUAUUUUUUGGCUGCUAUGUAAAGGGUCACAUACAAGAGCAUGCGAAAACGAAGAAGCAUUUUCUAGCCAUUGAUCUGUGUUACGGGAAUAUCCUGUGCUUCCAAUGCGGCGACUAUGUAUACGAUAGAGAGUUGUUAAAAGUGGCAAAAGCGCAAUGGAGCGAGUUGGCAAAAUCCUUGAGCUUCGGGGAAUUCUAUCGGGCAUGGGAACCCACGCAGACAGAGGCGGAGUUGCUGAGAACUCAUCCGCGCCGAAGACGCGUCGUAGAAAAUUCCACUAUAGGUUUAAGGGGACUGAUCAAUCUCGGAAAUACCUGUUUCGUAAACUGCAUUGUACAAGCACUGAUUCACACUCCACUGUUACGAGACUAUUUCCUUGCUGACCGUCAUCACUGCCCGCAACCGAGUCUCUGUUUGGUCUGCGAGGUAUCCCAUUUGUUCCAAGAGUUCUAUUCCGGCAACAAGGCUCCGCUCACGCUUCACAAACUUCUCCACCUGAUUUGGACACAUGUCAGACAUCUGGCAGGUUACGAGCAGCAGGAUGCCCACGAAUUCUUCAUUGCGACAUUGGAUGUUCUCCAUAGACACUGCGAAGCUGCUCCAAUACUGGUUAAAGACAACCCUCAUCACUGCAAAUGUAUCAUCGAUCAGAUAUUUACUGGGUGCCUUCAAAGCGAUGUUGUUUGUCAGGCUUGCAAUGGAGUAUCUACCACAAUAGAUCCAUUUUGGGACAUAUCUUUGGAUCUAACUUCGGCAGCUAGUGCCUCUGGUUCGAAUACGCCUGGGCCACCCACUUCCUUGCUAGAUUGUCUGGAAAAAUUUACGAGAGCCGAGCAUCUAGGUUCGAGUGCAAAGAUCAAAUGUAGCAACUGUGAGACUUAUCAGGAAAGCACAAAGCAAUUGACAAUGAAGCAAUUGCCAAUCGUGGCGAUCUUUCAUCUGAAGCGCUUUGAACAUUUCAUAAUUCAAGAUAAGAUUUUCAAAAAGAAGAUCUCUACAUUUAUCUCGUUCCCGGAACAGCUAGACAUGACGCCAUUUAUGUCGCAUAGACGCAAUGGCAACAACAAUAGCGCUAUGCUGGAUGGCUUGUCGAAGAACGGAGAGGAUAUGAGCUUCAGUGACAAUAGGUACUCUCUGUUUGCCGUAAUAAAUCAUGAAGGUUCUUUAGAGACUGGACAUUAUACCGCUUUCAUCAGGCAACAGAGAGAUCAAUGGUUCAAGUGCAAUGAUCAUUUGAUUACGCGAGCCAAGUUGAAGGAUGUCUUGACCAGUGAAGGAUAUCUACUGUUUUAUCACAAGCAAAUUUUGGAGUAUGGCUAAGAUAAUAAAGUCUGAUAGAGAAAAGAAGAUGUGAAUCAAGUCAUGUAAUUAAUUUAUUUAACAAAGAAUUUAAAAAUCGCUGCUGAAGCUAGACGUCGGUGAUGCUUUAUGUUUACCGGAUAUAAAUUAUUGUCACCGUCGCUUUUUGGUUUCCGCUGGCGCCUUUUGUGUUCGAUGGGGUAUGUCGAUUGACAUUCCUGAUCGACAUCUACAUGAACGUAACGUAAGCGUAGAUAUUAAGAUUAGCUCAAUUUUUUUAAAUCGACCGAUCGCAAUUUUUGUAUAUCGCUGACUGUUGUUAUACUUCUGUCCUCACACACACACACACACACCACACACACACACACACACACACACACACACACACACACACACGAGAGAGAGAGAGAGAGAGAGAGAGAGUGCGCCGGAGAAUGGGCCUCGUGCAUGUUUUCUUUUUAAUUUCUACACUUGCCAGCAGAAUGUUGAUAUCCGAUCUCUGCAAGAGCGCACCAGAGCAAACAUGUGGUAUUGAGUUGCCGUUUAUCAAACCUCAGAUCUAAUCCAAUAUAUUACUAAUUGAUUCACAAGAGCGAGAAAGCGAGAGUUUGUAUGAUUUUAUAUAUUUACGAAUUAGACUCCCGUAAUUGCAAAUAAUUGAUCAGUAUCAUCAGUGCAGAACAAAUGAAUAAAAUAUCGUGCAUAAAAAGACGAAUAAAUCCCUCUUUGGUAUUACGGAAAAUAAAAUUUCACAACUAUGGAAUUCGAUAUUUGUAUUCCAUACGAAACAAUCUAAUAUUUUCCGUGCGUGCUUUAGAACUGUAUACUGAUGUAGUGUGAUAUAUAAUUUAUCUAUAAUACUUGCAAUGGCCAUCCCUAGGCGACUUUGUACAGAUGAAAUAAUUCAUGUUACAACAAAUAUGAAGAUAUUGUCUUAUUUGAGACAAAUUCUUUCACUAGACUUUGUACAAUAAAAAAUCGCUGCUCGACAAACUCUGGCCUGUUCCACUUUUAAAUUCCUUUGUUAUUUUAAAUUAUUGCAAGUGAGCGUGAGACACGUCGCAAUCAAAGUGCCAAAUUCUCGGAAAUGCGACGUCCAAAUUUUAAUUUCCCGAUCCGAUUAUUUAUAACAUAAUAUCCCGCUUGCGAAUUAAAUGGGUUUUUGACUAACGAGUACAGAAUAGAAAUAAAAGAUCCAUCACUGAUACCUUAUAGUAAAUAAGAAACUAAAACUUAUAGUAAAUCUAAUUUUAUUUUAUAUUUUAUCUUUCAAUUAUAAAUUUUUUUAAUCAUUGCGUUCAUACUGUUCUUCUUAUGAAAAAUGCGAAUUGUGCAAAUUUCUGUUCUAUUGUAUGUACAUACGCCUUCAAAUUUUAUUCUGCACUCGUUGGUUUCCAUGUUGUGUUCAUCGAGACAAGCACACUGCGCGUCAAAGUUUAUUCUACCGGCGCCUUUCAUGAAAGUAGAAACUAAAGAACAUGAUCAAUCUAAUGAAUCAGUUGUCGAAAUGUUUAUAUCGAUAGUUAUCUACUCACACUGAACUUGGAACGGGUUUCACGAACAAUAUACAUUCGGAAGAUGAUACUAUGUGCAGUUGUAGCGUUUUAUAUAAUAUAAGGGUAAAAAAGUACAUAUACACAAAAAUAAAAGGUAUAUUUCAUCGAAA